AUGCAAUGGAUGUCAAGUGUAUUGUCUCCUCAACGGCGAUGUCUUCACACGAAUGCCAUCCUCUACGAGAAGGACUCAUCAAAAGUGGAGCAAACGGUUAAAGCUCUUCGGGAGGAACAGAAGGACAGACUCGUCGAGACCUCCAAGACUGAGACCAUCGCCACCGUACAGCCGGCGCUCGAAGUGCCCGCACCGGUAGUGCCGCCCAAACGAAGUUUAGGCAAAAGGGUUUGGGAUGAGUUGGUUCACUAUUACCACGGAUUCAGACUUCUCUUCAUUGAUGUCGGCGUCGGUUCGCGACUCAUAUAUAAAGUAUUGAACGGCGGAGACCUCACCCGUCGAGAGCACCGACAGCUCGUGAGGACCACAUCAGAUAUCUUCCGUUUGGUGCCCUUCUCUGUCUUCAUAAUCGUGCCGUUUAUGGAGCUAUUGUUACCCGUAUUCCUGAAGUUCUUCCCGGGAAUGCUUCCGUCGACUUUCCAGACCUCUUCGGAACAGGAAACUAAAAUGAAAAAGGAGUUGAAGUUGAAGCUGGAAAUGGCAAAGUUCUUGCAGAUCACUCUCGACGAGAUGACACUACAGGCUAAGGGGGAGUCCCACUCCAACAAAGCCAAGGAGUUCGCCCUCUUCUUCAACAAAAUCCGAAAUACUGGAGAACAGGCGAGCAAUAAAGACAUUAUGAACUUCUCGAAGCUAUUUGAGGACGAGAUAACACUGGACUCCCUCUCCAGACCCCAACUCUCAGCCCUCUGUCGUUUGCUUGAACUACAGCCCAUCGGAACAAACAAUUUCUUGAGAUUUCAGUUGCGAAUGAAACUGCGAAGUCUUCACGCGGACGACCAGAUGAUACAAAAGGAAGGCGUUGACAGUCUCACAGUACCAGAGCUCAUACAGGCGUGUCGUGCCCGAGGUAUGAGAGCAUUGGGUAUAUCUGAGACCAGACUUCGGUCACAACUGUCCCAAUGGCUGGAACUAAGUCUUAACGAGAAGAUCCCGCCCUCACUCUUACUGCUCUCUCGACUCCUAUAUUUGCCCGAAAAUAUUGCGGCCGCGGAUCAGCUGAAGGCAACGAUCCAGUCAUUGCCGGACUCCGCCGGAACGGAAGCGCGAUAUAAAAUCGGUGAAACGGAAGGAAAGAUCGACAAUAAGACGAAAAUCGAAUUAAUCCGAUUGGAAGAGGAGGCCAUCAAACGCGAGAAGGAAGAGGAGGAACAGGUGGCCAAACAGAAGCUCAAGGAUCAGGAGAUCCUUAUUGACAAAGCGGUUGAUUUAGAGACACAACUCAAACAGAAACUCAAAGAUCAAGAACUCAAAGAACUAUCGAAACAAGACAUCGAAUCGAUAGAGAGUGCGCUCGAAAAUAUUGCCAAAGAGAAGAACCAGUUGUUGAUUGAAAAGGAAGAGUUGGAUGACUUGAAAGAGGAACUCAAAGACUAUAAGGAAGACAUCCAAGAGUUCAAAGAGAUUAGUGUCCAAACGGGUCAGAAAGAGCUGAAGGAAAGCAAAGCCGCCAAACGUUUGAGGAAUAAAGUGGACAAAAUGGUCAACAAAAUGGAUAAUUUGUUUACUGGAUUGGAGUCUAAGAAGGAAUCCCUUCAACAAAAAAUCGAUAUUCUGUCCAAAGAGGGGAAGACUAUUGAUCAGGAAAAGGGUGAUGUGAUUAGCAUUAAUGAACUGUUGGGUGCAAUCAGUCGAUUGCAGAAAGUGGGCGACGAAACGAAAUUGGAGCGCAUUCUGGAAGUGUUGGACAAUCUGGACGUCGAUCACGACGGAAGUGUCGAAGUGGAACACGUGGUUAAAGUGUUGGAACUGUUGGGUCGGGAGAACGUAAACGUGUCGUCCAAUCAAAUCAAAGACUUAAUGAAUCUUUUGAUUCAAGAGGAGAAACUCGAAGACGAAAAGAAGAGACAAAAGGAAGAGUUAAGCAAAGAGUUAGACAAACAAAAUGUGAAACAAACUGAAAACAAGGAGACGAAGUGAUAGCAUAAUAAGUGCUAUAAUUUAAUAAAUUAUUAUAUAAU